UUGCUAGAUGCGAUGCCUCGGCGCCGACGCCAUGCGUAGCAGCACGAAGCAGUGCUCGCCCAUGCCCAUGCCACGCACCGUGCUGUCAGCUUUGUCGCUGCCCCCACAGACACAGCUCCAAGGAGGGGGUCCCUCCCACUCACUCCACCCGCCCCCCCGGGCCCGGCCUGCAAAGGGCGGAGGAUCCGGGAGCACGGAUCCAGGACCAGGAGCUCCUGUCUGACACCCGCCACCGCAACAUCCCCCACCCCACCACCGGGGGCACCCGGAUCCUUUCUUCUCCCUUUCGCAGAAACGCACGAGCCCGCAAUCAUUUCUCCUCCUUUAGCCCAUCUUGCUAACGCUUUCCUGGGCCGCCGGAACGGCCCAAAUCGAGCAAACUAUUGGGCUGAAAAGCCGUGGAGGGGAGCCAACGGCAAAGGCGUGAAAGGGCGUUGCCAAUGCGAGCCGCGCCGGGGCGAAGCGCCGAAGCCUACCAGGCUACCACUACCAGCCAUCUUUUGGCAGCCGCUGCCUCGCCGCCCCGGCGGGAGAUGGCGGCGCUGCGCGUCCCGCUGCACGCCGUCCUCUCUCGCGGCGCGGCGCCUCCGUCCGCGGGCCUGCUCCUCCCGCUCCACGCGCACCUCGUCGUGUCGGGCCGCCUCGCCGCGUCGCCCGCCGUGACCACGUCCCUCGUCUCCCUCUACGUUCGCGGCCCGGCCGCGCUGCACCCGGCCGUGCCGCUCCUCCUCCCGGCCUCCGCGCCGCUGCCCUGCUUCAACGCCGCGCUCUCCCUGCCGCACGCGCUCGCGCUCCCGCUCUUCCGCCGCCUCCUCGCCGCGCACUCCCCCGACGCCUUCUCCUUCCCGCCCAUCUUCUCCUCGGCCCCCGCCUCGCCGCAACUGCUCGCGCUCCAUGCCCUCGCGCUCCGCUUCGGCCUCGUCCACGACCUGUUCUGCGCCAGCGCUCUGCUCCGCGGGUGCCUGAGGUUCGGCCUCGCUGACCAUGCGCACCGCCUGUUCGACGAAUUGAGGCACCGGGACGUCGUCGUGUGGAACUCCAUGGUCAAUGGGUUCGUCAAACUCGGGUGCUUUGACCGCGCCACGGAGUGCUUCAGGAAGAUGAGGGAGGAGGGUGGGGUUGAGAUCAGCAGCUUCACAGUCACCGGGAUCUUGUCCAUGUGUACAGCAACAGCUGAUUUCGGGCGCGGGGCUGCAGUACACGGGUUGUCGGUGAAGUCAGGAUUUGACAAGGAGGCAUCUGUGUGCAAUGCGUUGAUAGAUCUUUACGGGAAGUGCCACCGGGUGCACGAUGCAACCAUGGUGUUUGAGGGGCUGCCAGAUACUGAUAAGGAUCUGUUCAGCUGGAACUCCAUGCUGUCAGCGCAUCAGUACUCGGCUGAUCACACGGGGACGAUGAGGCUCUUUGCGAGGAUGAGACGUACUGCACUUUUGCCUGAUGCAGUGACUGUUGCCGCUGUUCUCCCCGCAUGCGCGCAGACUGCAGCCCUGCAGGUUGGGAGGGAGGUGCAUGGAUACAUCGUGACGAGCGGACUGGCCUGUGAUGGAGCACUGGACGUGUUUGCUUGCAAUGCGCUGGCGGACAUGUACGCAAAGAGCGGUGGGCUGGAUGAUGCUUGUCGUGUGUUUGAUUGGACACGUCAACGGGAUGUGGCAUCGUGGAACAUUAUGAUCGAUGGGUAUGCGUCACAUGGGCAUGGCCAGGAGGCACUGAUGUUGUUCCACCAGAUGAUAGAAGAAGGCCUGGUUCCAGAUGAGGUAACACUGCUGGGAGCAUUGUCGGCUUGUAGCCACUCUGGGCUUCUCGAGGAAGGAAAGGGUUUUCUAAAGAGGAUGAAAGAGGAGUUUGGAUUGGAGCCACAGCUCGAGCACUAUGCGUGCGUCACCGACAUGCUUGGGCGAGCAGGGAGGUUGGAUGAAGCAAGAAAGGUAAUAGAAGAGGCUGGUGAUGUUGGUGCAGGUGCAUGGAGGACAUACCUUGCGGCAUGCCGGAUGCAUGGUGAUAAGGAGAGAGCACAAGAGGCAGCUAGGAUGUUGAUGAUGGCAGAGGAAUCAGGGAGUGGGGGAUGGGUUCUGCUUGCCAACACUUAUGGUUGGGACGGAAACUUUGAGGAGCUCGAAGAGGUGAGAGAGGAGAUGAAACGCCAAGGCGUGCAGAAGGCAGCUGGUUGCAGCUGGGUUGAGGUCGGAUGAGAGAAUAAUGGAAGUGAAACAAUGAUGCAUACUUUUGUUAAUGGAGACAGGGGACACCCUGAGGCUGACAUGAUUUAUGAAAUGUUGCACACGUUAAUAGGUUGGAUGGAGGAGUGCAGCCAUCUGAGCAAUAUAACUCCAAUGUAUCCGGCAGAAUGCUCAUAACUUUUCAAAUUGUGCUACACUGGUUACACAAGCACAUGGACUGACAGUAGCCUAUAAGUUAGAAACUUAGAAUGGUGCAUCAGAAGAUAAAGUCAAGCUCGCGCCAUCAAGGCCAGCACCAAAAUUUGGUUCUGGCAACAAAUUUUCACCAAAUAUCAGAGUUCCAGCAGCCAGUGCUCCAGCUCCGAGCCCCAUUCCAAGGUUAGAUGAACCGUUCUGAUCUGCAAACCUUCUUGGUGGCAUAUUUAUGUAGCUCUGUGGUACUUGCCCCCUCGUAGGAUACGGUGGGAAGUAACUGAGGUUUGAAGUGGGAGGUGGCAAGGUUUGUGGGAUCAGUGGGGGUUGAUUGCUAUAUCCAUUACUUCCUGACAGUGAUGGAUCUGGCCAAGUGGUAGGGCUUGUUGGCAUGGUGUUGCUGUAGCGAUCAUCACCUUUGCUGUGAUCCCUAUAAUGGCUAGAGGGCAGUGGUGGAUAAUUAUAAACUGGACCAUCUUCUAUAGCUAGUGUGAUACCGACCUGGUUUGGGUGCUUUGAUCCAUCAUGUGAUCCUGCACAUUCAUGACAGAGGCAGAUAAGUUGAAUUCAAUCAUAUACUGAUUGUGUUAUAAUCAGUAAGGUCAAUCUUUGUUAAGGUCAUCCUAAAUCUCUUGCUCUAUUGGUUAAACAUAACUUAGUAUUGUUUGUGUGCGAAUUUACCUAUAGAAAGAUCUAUUUUUCAAGUGUUGUACUGAAUUCCUGUCGGUGCAAAUUUACCUAGAAAAAAAAGCAUAAGUUUCUGUUUACCUGAAAACUGAGCAUGAACAUCUUGCUCCUUGUAGAUACGGAUGGAUACGUCGACAAACCCAUGAGCUUUGUCUGACUUCUUCCUCCUAAGCUGGAAGCUUGCAGUCUCCUCAACGACCCCAGGCUGCUCCUUGCCAUGCUCAAAUUUGUCGAAAUACUCGUUCAUCUGGACAACGGCAGACCCCUGGAGGUGCUCCCUGAGGAAGAUGGGCUCUCUCCUGUACACUUCCACCGUCAGCGCCAUCUGCUGCAGGUUGCUCAGUACUUGCUGUUGGGAUCGACCCAUGCGACGGAGAACCACUGCGGCUUGAGCAGCGACGAUCUGCGUCCCAGGCCGCGCGCGGAGAUCAGGCAGAAUUCCACUGACGUUUUCGCCAUUUGCGUGAAGAGGAAAGCUGAGGUCGCCGGAGGGUGACGCGGGCCGGUGAAAUCGAUGGUGUGAGAUUCGUUGGCUCAUAGGGUGCUGCUUUACCACGCUUUGUUUUUUUUUCGUGUUAGCUUUGCUUGCUGUUAACUUCUGGUCAUGGAAUUGAUUCCAAAGGUGCUGCAUUAGGAGAGGGAAAAGCAUAGCUGUGCGAUGCUUCGAUUCCAAAGCUGCGGCCAUUGGCCAUUGCAUACGCAUACGCUUGGAACAUGGAAGCCAUUCGUCGCGUUGUGCACAGAAGUGCGAACCGAGGCCUUGUUUAGUCCAAAAAUCAAAAAGUUUUCAAGAUUUCCUAUCA